CAGCACCAUCAGUUCCUUAGAAAUAACAGAGAGGGGUUUUCCGACCGCACUCCGGCAUCUGCGGCACAGUGUCAGGUGCGGCUCCAUCAUUCGCUGCGGGCUUCAGGGGAGGAGUCCCCCCCCCCGCACUGUAGCACUUGGUCCACAGGAAAGAAAAAAAGAAAAAAGAGAAAACCAAGGCGCGCACCGCCCGUCCGUCAGCGCACACUGGUGGAGCAGACACGUUCCAGAGAGGAGCUCACUUCGAGUCACAGAGUCCGGUCCCUUCUUGUUGAACACAUUUUUUUUUUCUCCCCCUCUCUCCACUUUGAUUCAUUUGUAUCCCCCCCCCCCCUUCUGCGCUGGAUCUUUCGUGCCCGAAAAUGUGCGUGGAGAGCGACGGAUGCGAGAUCGAAGGCUGCGGCAGCUCGGACGAGGUGCGCACGCUGUCGGGCAGCAUGAGCCCCGCGCUCAAGUCCAGCCCGGACCUCCACCCCUGCAGACCCGGCCACAAGUUCCGCGCCGCGCUGCUCAGAUGCCGCUCGCCGGCCGCCGCCGCCGGGAUCCUCAGCUUCGGGAACGUCCUGAAUUACAUGGACAGAUACACUGUCGUCGGUGUUCUGCUCGACAUCCAGCGGCACUACGACGUAUCUGACAGCGGGAUGGGCCUGCUGCAAACAGUCUUCAUCUGCAGCUUCAUGGUGGCGGCUCCCAUCUUCGGUUACCUGGGCGACCGCUUCAACAGAAAGGUCAUCCUGAGCUGUGGCAUUUUCUUCUGGUCUAUUGUUACUCUGUCGAGCUCCUUCAUCAGCAAAGAGUACUACUGGCUGUUUGUGCUCUCCAGGGGACUGGUGGGCAUCGGCGAGUCCAGCUACUCCUCCAUCUCUCCCACCAUCAUAGGAGACCUGUUCACUAAUAACAGCCGCACCAUGAUGCUGUCAGUCUUCUACCUGGCCAUCCCCCUGGGAAGUGGUUUGGGUUACAUCCUGGGCUCCAGCGCCAAGGAGGCUGCAGGAGACUGGCACUGGUCGCUGAGGGUAUCCCCAGUCUUAGGGAUCACUGCGGGAACUCUGAUCCUGCUCUUCGUGCCGGAGCCGAAGCGAGGCAGUGCUGACCAGAUGGGGGGCCGCAUCAAGACCCGCACCUCCUGGUUGUGUGACAUGAAGGCCCUCGCCAAGAAUCGGAGCUACGUGUUCUCCUCCCUGGCAUCAUCGGCGGUGUCCUUUGCCACUGGUGCGUUUGGUAUGUGGAUCCCCGUGUACCUGGCUAGAGCCCAGGUGGUGCAGAAGACGGCGGAGCCCUGCACAAAAGAGAUCUGCAGCAGCACAGACAGUCUGAUCUUCGGGGCGAUCACCUGUGUGACAGGGCUGUUGGGCGUGGUCAUCGGGGCGGCCACCACGCGCCUGUGUCGCCAGAAGACGGAACGCGCCGACCCACUCGUGUGCGCCGUCAGCAUGCUGGGCUCGGCCAUCUUCAUCUGCCUCAUCUUCGUGGUGGCUAAGAAGAGCAUCGUAGGAGCUUACGUCUGCAUCUUUAUAGGAGAGACGCUGCUUUUCCUGAACUGGGCAAUAACAGCGGACAUUUUAAUGUUUGUCGUUAUUCCCACGCGGAGGGCAACGGCGGUCGCCUUUCAGAGCUUCACCUCGCAUCUCCUGGGCGAUGCAGGAAGUCCGUACCUGAUAGGCCUGAUCUCCGACGCCCUCCAGCAGAGCUACGCGACGUCAGCGCUGUGGCAGUUCCUCAGUUUGGGCUAUGCCCUCAUGCUCUGUCCCUUCAUCAUCGUCCUGGGGGGCAUGUUUUUCCUGGCCACUGCGUUGUUUUUCCUGGACGACAGAGAGAAGGCCGAGAAACAGUUGAGCCUUGUUGCACGACCACCCUCCUCAGUCAAGGUAUGACCAGGUGACAACCCAACGAGGAGCCGUCUGAAGGAGCAACCAAACUCCCUGAGGAUGACAAGAUGGGAGAUGAAGGGGAGGGCAGCUGAUCCCCCUCCUAAAAAACUACACCCACGUCAUCUUCCCUGUUAUCACCACGACGAUCAUCGUCGUCAUCAUCAUCAUCAUCAUCACCUCCUGACUUCGGCUGCUCUUCCUCUUUACAUGCUCACAGGGGCUGCUCAGAACUGGAAAACGAGGGAGCGUCUUGCCCCUUCUUGAACUGCCUCCAAAUCACAAGCUGGUGAGAGCGCGCACAUCCCGUGUGCUGGAGCCACUCGACCAACGGCCGGUGUCCCCCUCACCUCUGUCUGUGAGGAUCCACUGAACCUUCCAGGGGGGGAGGGGGGGUGGCAAACCCCCCCGCCCCCCCGUUGAUCCCCUCCGACUCCUGAUGCUAUACUACUGAAUGCUGAUCCUGAACCUGCCCUGUCUGUCUGCCUGUCUGUCCAGCAAUCUGUCUCUGUGUGUCCAUCCGUCUGUCUGUCUCUUACAUUGGCUGUCAAUCUGCACCAAGUGCCAUAGCAUCAUUACAUUCCUUCAGACUUUGCACUGACCUCCAACAACCCUCAUGAGUCAUCCGUGUCUAUACUUACAUGCACCAUAUAAUAUAAUUCAACCUUUGGUUUACAAAUUGGCUUGAUGAAGCUGUUUACGUGGAUCAUCUGCAGUCAUAAAGCUCCACUGGUGUCUACGUUGCCCCCAUGUGAAAUUUCAGUUUGCAUGCAAAACAGUAUUCGACCCCGGGCUUUCAACACUUUUAGCCUGAAACAGACAGUAGAUUCAAGUUACCAGUGCGAGUGUCGCAGAUUGUUGAAAUGUGCUGCAGGAAUAUGAUUCAGAACGUGUUGCUCAUCUGUUCAAACAAGCGUCCACCAGUGUGACUAAUAUCUGAUUACUCUGCUCCGCAGUAUUAACAUCACGAACGUUCAAAUGCAGUGUUUUUCAUGAAGAAUGCCGCAUUUUCCAUAACGAUCAAACUUUUGCUGUGCGUGUAAACCUAGCCGUCAAGCAAGAGCCAAAAGAAGUGUUGCCGUCUAAAGGUCAGUGAAUCAGCCUUCGAGAUUGGAGCUUUCACAUCAACAGCUGUUUCCCCUUCACCCCCGUGUGUGUCUUUAGUUUUAGCUUUUAGCACUUAAAUCAGUGUAGACAGUGCCAGAGAACAUGACAGAGAUCAGAUAUUUCUGCACAUUAUUUUUCACAGGUUUACUUGUGAUUUGUUUUUCUGUUUUCCUUUUGUUUUUCUGUGUGAGGAUGGAUUUGAAACUGGAGGUUAUUGUCUAUGAUUGUUUCAGAAGAAAGAUGAGGCAAUCUGGGCCAUUUAAAGUGGACACUGGAUUAUAUGUUUUAUCAUUUAUAAUGUAAACGUUUUGUUUUUUUACAUGAAAUGCUACUCUUUUGGCUUUUGAGGAGUAACACCUGUGUUUUUUAUGUACAUAAGAAGCUAUGUUUUUUUUUGUUUUUCCCGUGGAAACCAACCUUUUUUUUUUUUUUUUGAAUCGACACUGCCUUAUCAGUGAGCUGGGUUUCUUUUUACAGGGGGAGCUCGCCGAUGGUUGGUUUUGAAUUUCUGGACACAACACCCACACAGAGGCCGAGUCACUUUUAAUGAUGGAUUCCAGUCCGGUGCAUGACGGUCACAAUAACAGGCAUUGUUAUGAGAUUUCUUUCCCCCCUUGCAAUUGUAGAUAUCCAGUUCCACAAUUAGUAGAAAGAACCUUUGUAAAGAGCCAGAGUCCCACUCAUCCAUUUAUUAGCAAGGGAAAUCAAAAUCCCUGAUAGGAACAGGAAAUCCUACAGCCCCAGGUUUGACUGAAAGCGGCCUCUUAUUACGGAUAAUGGAUAUGCAAGGAAUGCCGCUUUGAAAGCAGAGCGGCGUGUCCUCCGAUGCAGGAGCCGGGUCCCCUUCGGUACCUGCACCAGAGAUUUGAAUAGGAUAUAGACGUACACAAUAGACAGAAAAAUCUGGAUUUGAUUGUAUCACUGAUAACAGUAAUUAUGCAAAUGAAAGUUUACAGCUAGUUUCAGGCAAUAGCUUCAUUAGAAAACUCCCUUGCAGAAUCCUCUGUGCAGUGCAUUACCUGGUGGACGCAAUUUGUAGGGGGAACCUCGAAGCCACCGGUGCGGUUAAAGUUGUUGCAACUUGUGCAUAAAGGGGAAAGGAAGCACUUUGCAGACCACCAAGUAAAACACAGGGGGCAGAGUUGAAGGAUACGUUGACCUCAGCAGAGGAAUGAAGGGAGACACCGGGGUGGCUCCCGUAGCAUUGAUGUGCGAGCGUGACUCACUGGCUGUGUGUGUGGGGCGCUGUGUGGGCGGUGUCCUUGUUGCCAGAUCAUUAGCUUUAGCUCCUCUCCAACUGCGUGGAGCUCUCUGAAUGUGAUUCUGUUCAACCCGAUGUGUUUACACACCUACAUCCUCUUAAUGAACUGAGCUUCUUACCUUCCUUUUAUUGUGCUUCUUUUUUUUUAUGUUACCAAAUGAGUUUUUCUAAUAACUACAAUAGAUAUAUAUAUAUAUAUAUAUAUAUAUAUAUAUAUAUAUAUAGCUAUAUCACGCAGCAACGUUUAAUAUAUUGUAAAUGAUGGCUUGGAUGCAAUGUAUUUAUUUGUUUGUAACCAUAAUGAAGAAUAAUCUAUAAAGGGAAGUUUAAGGUUUGCGUAUACUACACUUUCUCAUAUGUCGUUGGGUUUAGAAAAUGCCUGUUUGUUCAUCCUUUUGUAUCACAAUGAAUCAACACAAUACCUUUCUACAUCACUUCCUUUUUUUACUGUGAUCAUAAAUUGGACACCUCACACAUAUUUCUCACAAAGAGAGAAAAGAAUUGCAAUGGAAUGACUUUAGGACAUACGAAUAUGUAGGCAUUUACAACAUAUGUGUGCCAUUGCUGGGGUGCAACACUUUUGCAUUAAUUUUUGUAGCUCUUGUAUAUGUUUUAUUGUUGUUGUUGUUUUGGGGUUGUUGUUGGGGUUUUUGAUUUUUUUUUGUUGGUUGGGCUGGUUUUUGAGAAGAAAAAGAAGAGGAAUAACAACAACAGCAACAACUGAUGGAAUCAUUUUGCACACUUAUUGUUCAGGGAUUUAUUUGAACCAUUGGCUAGCAUCGACUUCAGAGCCUCUGGCACAGAGGUCCGACUCUUCACGCACACUGGCCGUGCUGACAUAUUGUCAUUUGUCAUGCGAAGGAAUGUUGGCUCUGGUCAGAUGGGUCAUGAAUUGUUUCACUUUUGCCAAAUUUGACCCGAUUUCGCACCAAUCCUGUAGGAGUAAGUCCAUUGUACCAAGUAAUUCUAUGUUAAUAAUCACUGAAGUGAUGUUUUGAGAAUAUGCUAUUUCUUGUCAUACAAGAAUCGUGUAUAAAGAAACCUAUUUCUGAUGUUGAACAGAAAACAGAGGUUAUUUUUUAUUUUUAGAGCAAGUCAAUACAAGAGAUGUGUCAGAAGAAUCAAAGGAUAUUAUUCUAGAACUGAACUGUGAUGCUCCCUCUGGGAGUUGAUUGAAAAUGUACAUGUCUGUAAAUCAAAUAAACCUAUUUAAUCACUUCAUACCACCA